CCGAACUCAGCAGGGUUAUCGAACAUGGCAGCAAUGACCGCAACGCGGGUUACAGCAUUGCGAAUAGGCAGCCGACACAUGCGAACAAGUCUUAGACAGCUGUCAACAAUACCCUUCUCCUCGUCUGAUUCGGAUGUUGCUGAUGUAGUCAUUGCAGGAGGCGGGAUGGUUGGGGCUGCAAUGGCGUGUGCUUUAGCCUACAGUAACAGUUUUGCUGGCAAGCGAAUUGUCUUGCUAGAGGCUGCAUCUGACAGAGGAAAUUUUAUGCUUCCUGAUCAUUUCAGCAACAGGACAUGUGCUCUCAGUCCAGCUACAGUCAGUUUGCUUUCAAGAUUUGGAGCAUGGCAAGAAAUCGAGAAGAUGAGGUGUUGGCCUGUCAGACGUAUGCAGGUGUGGGAGUCAUGCUCAAAUGCAAUGAUAACCUUUGGGCAAGAAGAGCUGAUGGAACCUUUGGCAUUUAUUGUUGAGAAUGAUGUCAUAUUGGCUGCCAUUUUAAAAUGCCUUGAACAAGCACCAGUCUCUGUCAACAUCCGCUACAGGACAUCUGCAUUAUCUUUUCAAAUGCCAGGAUUAGAAGCAUCAGGGAAGACCAGAAGCAAGCACCCCUGGGUGACAGUCAGUCUUCCUGGUGGCAAAGAGAUCAAGACACCAUUACUUAUUGGGGCAGAUGGCGCUCAGUCAGCUGUUCGAACUGCUGCCAGAUUUCACACAGUUGGUUGGAACUACAAACAAACAGCAGUUGUGGCUACUCUACAACUGUCAGAGAUAACGGAAAACACAGUGGCAUGGCAGCGAUUUCUACCCACAGGGCCCAUAGCUUUACUGCCAUUAUCUAAUGAGCACAGCUCUCUGAUUUGGACAACAACACCUGAGCAUGCAGACCACCUUCUAAAAUUGUCUCCAGACAGCUUUGUGGAUGCUGUGAAUGAUGCUCUGUGGCAUGAUCGAGACAUGGACACCUUUGUUAACAAGGCCCAUUCCUCAUUCAUGGGACUUUUACAGAGCCUUAUUCCAGCUGAAGUAAUAACACGACAGCUGCCUCCUACUGUGUUGGGAUUAGGUGAAGGGACACGGGCAUGCUUUCCGCUGAGCCUUGUGCAUUCAUCAUGUUAUGUUCGCCCUCGACUGGCACUCAUUGGGGAUGCUGCUCACAGACUUCACCCAUUGGCUGGACAGGGAGUGAACUUGGGGUUUGGUGAUGUGUCUUGCCUCACUUCUGUACUGGAAGAUGCACUUUCUUGUGGAAGUGACAUUGGGUCGCUGGCCCACCUACUGUCCUAUGAGACAAAACGUCAGCGAAAUAACUUGCCUGUCUUGGCAACAAUUGAUGGUCUCCAGAGGCUCUACAACACCCAUCUCAUGCCUGUGGUCUUGCUGCGCAGCCUAGGUUUAUCUGCUGUAAAUGCUGCUGAAAGUCUCAAGAAACUGAUUGUCCAACGAGCCACUGCUUAAGCAACUACUGGGAAAGUUCUACCAUUCAAAAACUUUCGAAAAACAAGCAACAUCAUUAUGAUAACAAAGUCCUAUGGAGGAAGAGAUAACUAAUGCAUGCAAGUGUGCCUCUGGCAGUGCUGUCCUCAGACUGGGAAUUUUAAUACCACUACCUGUACAGUCCAGCUAAUAUUCCUGCCUUCAUGAGCCCCACAGCAGCCUACCAGCUUUGAAUUAAAUUAUCAAAUAGUAAUCAACGAACACAAACAAACAAAUAAAAUCAUCAGCAAGAU